UUGCCUUUUUCUCAGGAGUUCUAUCACAGCUCCAUAUGUCACAGACUUUCCGCAGGAACCACGACUUUCAGGAUUUAGCAUGCGACCCCCCUGGGAGCACUCAUCUCGGACAGGUGGGCAACCCAUCGCGCUGCGCAGUUUUGUGUGAACGGUUACCCGGAUGUAACAGUUUCUUCUUUAACCACGUGACUAAGUCUUGUCGGGGCGCAGCUUCAGUACUCACCACCGUAUGUGGGUUGCCAGACACAGGGAGCGUCUACUUUGUUCGAGAUGUUCUGAUUGGGUCGGUCUGCACGGGCAACUUGGACUGUAUCAUCGAAAACACCACGUGUCAGGCGGGAAAAUGCGCAUGCGGGGUAGCGUUUAUCACCGAACCCGUCAAAAAACAAAAAUGUAUCGAAGGCGCGACCAAUCACGGUGGUGUUUGUGAGAGCAGCGGAGACUGUUAUGGUCCCCACGUAGAGUGUGGGUUGGGAGGAAUGUGUAUAUGCAACCCUGCAUACAGCUUCCGGCCGGCCACCAAGACAUGCGAACCAAGUUGUUCACCAUACGGAUCGACGUUCCAAAUCUAUCCGGAUAUGACGUUAUCUUGUGCCCUCAGUAUGGUAUAUCCCAGCUACACUCCACAGAUGUGUAUGGACGAGUGCCUAGCAACCGAUUGCGUCACGAUUCGGUACAACCAUGACAUCACGGAGUGUAAGCUAGACACGUGCACGGUGCUCACAAAUCCCGGCGAUUACGGGCCCUGGGACGGCGUCGACUUCUACAUGAGGAACUGUGCAUGA